ACUCUUUGCCACCCGACGUCAUUUUAUCAAUAAUAAUUCAAAUAAUGGCCAAUUACAUUUACGAUUUAAAAACAAAACACAUGCAUGAGUGACAGAACUGUCGUUCUCAUCUUCUUUCCCUUACAGAGGUGGCGCCUCCCACACAUUUUACUAUCUAAAACACCCUUUUUUUCCUUCUCCUCUGACUCAAGAAAACUCACAUAUCUGGCAGCUAGUAAUUACUAAUCUUUUUUCUCAAUCUCAUGUUUAUGUGAAUUGCAUGAGAACAAAGAGAACAUGUGGGUUGUUGUUGAAGAUGAAGCAGAUGCAGAUUAUGGGAUUUUUGUGCAUAUUAAUGUUGCUUCUUGUGUACAUGACCACUAUUUAUUAUCAAUACCACCAAGAAGAGAUGGAACCAAAAUUUGGUCCACUUCACUUUGCAGAGAAUUCUCGUGUGGCCCACAUGGUUUUGCCACGUGGCAUCGUUGAGGCUUCAUCCGAUCUUGAGCCAAGGGCCCUCACGGCGGAGCAUAUUUCAAAGUCCAAGGUGAGUGUGGAGGGCAGUCACAACUUGUUGGCAAUGGCAGUUGGCAUUGAGCAGAAGGGUAAUGUUGAUGAAAUCAUUCGAAAGUUCAUUUCAGAGAAUUUCACAAUCGUUUUGUUCCAUUAUGAUGGUAAUGUGGAUGCAUGGUGGGAUCUAGGAUGGAGUAAAGAUGCCAUUCAUAUAGUUGCUUACAGUCAAACAAAAUGGUGGUUUGCGAAGCGUUUUCUGCAUCCGGAUGUCGUAUCCAUUUACGACUAUAUAUUUCUAUGGGAUGAAGACUUGGGUGUGCAGAAUUUUCACCCUGCAAGAUACCUGGAAAUUGUAAAAAUGGAAGGGCUGGAGAUAUCUCAGCCAGCUCUGGACCCUAAUUCACCAGGCAUUCACCACAGGAUAACAGUUAGAAGCAGAAGAAACCGGGUUCACAGAAGGGUAUAUCUGGACAAAGGCAGAACAAAAUGUUCAGAUGAAAGUGAAGGCCCUCCCUGCAGUGGGUUUGUGGAAGGAAUGGCACCAGUGUUUUCGCGACGUGCAUGGCGUUGCGUGUGGCAUCUUAUACAAAAUGACCUUGUUCUUGGAUGGGGAAUGGACAUGAAGCUUGGUUAUUGUGCUCAGGGGGACCGGACAAACAAUGUCGGGGUAGUUGACAGUGAAUACUUGGUGCACCUUAGCACUCAGUCUUUGGGCUCCGGCUCCUCCCCAAAAAAGGCUUUGAGUCCUUCUCAAAAGGUGCCAAAGGGUCGUGUGGCUAAUCCGAGAGUUCAGUUGAGGAGGGAAUCAACGUAUGAGCUGCAAGUAUUCAUGGAGCGAUGGGAAGAAGCUGUGAAGGAGGACAAGCAAUGGGUGGAUCCAUACAAACAAUCUUUACUAGUCUAGCUAAUUACUUUAGCCCCAAUCUCCUCAUCUGCACAACAUUCUUGAUUUGAACAUCAUAUUUGGUGUAAUUAAUUAAUUAAUCAACACUUAUCACUAUAUAUAUUAUUGAUUUCUCCAUCCAUCAUUUCCAAUUGUUGUAAAAAGAAAUUAUGCGUCUCUUUGGGAAUAACAUUUUGACAAGACU